CUUUGCGUCACUCUACGAGCAGUGCGAGCGACACUGGACACACAACAAUAUGGCGCCUGCUACGGAGGAUCUCUUGGACGUUCAGAAGAAGAUUUUCGAGAGAAUCAGCAAGAAUGAAGUGUGCGAGCUCAAGACAUUGUUGGCACAGAGGAAGAUCAAAAUGGAUUUUGUCGAUGAGAAUGGUAUGAGUCCUCUCCAACAUGCCUGUUAUAAGGGAAACAAGGAAAUCGUGCAACUACUCCUCGAUCAAGGUGCUGAUGUAAACGCGUGUCAACACGAACAUGCAUAUACUGCUCUUCAUUUCGCUGCUUUAAGUGGAAAUGCUGAACUAUGUCAUCUCUUAAUGUCGCAUGGAGCACGCUUGACAGCAACAAACAGUGUAGGCAGAACAGCUGCGCAAAUGGCAGCAUUUGUGGGAAAUCACAACUGCGUGGCGACUAUUAAUAACUUUAUUCCAAAAGCUGAUAUAGAUUACUACAUUAAGCCGCAGGGUUUGCAGACUGAACCCAUGCUACCACCACAUCUAGCAGAUUAUUUCCAUAAAUUCAUAAUGCACGUUAAUGUGAAUCCUGUACGUGUGUGCAUGAAUUUACAGAGACUUCCUGCACUUCUAGAAAAUGCAGCAAAAAUACAAAAAGUAUUAGAAUCCAUGCGUUAUAAAGAAAUGACUCGAGGUGCUGAAAUAAAUGAAGUAAUGGCCUUCAAAUACCAUUAUCUCAGUUGCGUUGUUGCCGAAGUGUUAAAAUGUCAAAAACGCCAAGAAGCUAUGAAAGCAGAGAAAGGCGAAAAGGGGAACGAGGAGAGUGAAGAAAAGAAGUCCGAUACUGUAGAACUUCUGAUACGAAGAUUCUUGAAAUGCAGCAAGAACGACAGCUUACCAGAGUAUCAGGAAGCAUUUUUAAGAGAAUCUGUAAGAGAAUUUCCAUUCAGAGAAAGCACAAUUUUCCGUCAGAUGGUCGCUACAUUGGCGAGCACAGAUCCACCGUCCGCCGUUUCUGUAAUCUCAGCUGCAAUUAACGGGCAACGAGGAUUCUUUGAUGGCGCCCAGACUUGCGUGACUUGUGGCGAAGACAAGGCUACCAAGAAAUGUAGCAAAUGCAAAGCGGUGCAAUACUGCGACAGAGAAUGUCAGAGAUUGCACUGGUUCAUGCACAAAAAAGCGUGUGCUAGAUUGGGUCAAUCCCCGGCAAACAAUGGAAAGCUUACGGAUGUAGAUAAAGAACAAAUCAGCAACGCUGUCGGCUCCAGGCUACAGAACCUAGCUGUUAAAUAAAUAUGUAAUGUGUACAAAUUUAAUGUUAGCAUUCCAUUUGGAAUGCAUUAUACUCGCGGAUGUUUAUUUUUUCCUGUAUAUAGCUAUUCUAUGUAGAAUUGAUGGAUCUCCGUAUGAUUGUGCCUAUCACAUCUGUGGAAGCUAACAUUAUUAUUGUGUAAGUAAAAAUCAUUUUAAAAAUGUGUAAAUUUUCGUUUAAUUCAUCACGCGUUUAUAUCGAUAUCUCAUUCGAUUUUUCAAUCCUUGACAAUCAGUUAAGAAAUCCAGAGAGGAAUUAAACUGAAUCAAAUUAUAUAAUAAGUUGUUAACUGAAUCAAAU